UUCAAAACGAAGAGGAAAAUGAUACGGAUCGAGAGGCAUAGCACAACGGAAAGCAACCCGAAAGCCUCUACUUUUCCGCCCCCAGCAGGCCAGGACUCUUCAAUCGCUCGCGCCGUUUCUUCAUCCCCUCGCCAUCCUUCCUUCGAUCCAGCGUUGCCUGUCGUCUUCGCCUGCACGGCUGCACCUAAAGCUCUGACCUUUUUCCCCACUUUCCCUUGGCAUCUACUGCCUUGUCCGGUGUAGAAAACAACGGAUUUCGUUGUGUUGUUUUGCUGCGGUUUUUGUCCCCUCCCUUCUCACUCGGCGAGCUUUGUUGUUCACUUUGGAUUCCACGGGUUUGUUUCGGAUUAGGAAGGCUCGGUUUUUGGUCUGGGAAGGCCCCCCUUCCGAGGCGAUGAAUUUGGUGCGGGUUGAUGGCGUCCUGUCAGGAGUCCGCUAUGCAAUGAUGGGUUCUUUGAAGCCGAGGUGAAUCUUUGACCUGCCUAGUUUGCGAUUCCAAAUUCCGAGCUCCCACCGCUUCUUGAUCCGCCGGGCGCCAUGGGCCUCUGCUACGGCAAGUCGGCGGCGGUCCAGGAGCCGGCGGUAGCGGAGGAGAACAACAAAGCCGAUGGCGCGGCGGCGGGCCGAGGCGAUGGCCCGCCGGCGUCGCCGGUGAAGGUGCCUCGGACGCCCAAGCAGCCCAAGUUGUCCUUCUACUUGCCGAGCCCGCUCCCGCCCUCCAGCUACAAGGGCUCGCCGGCAAACUCCAGCGUCGCGUCCACGCCGGCGCGCGGCGGGUUCAAGCGCCCGUUCCUGCCGCCGUCGCCUGCCAAGCACAUUCGUGCGCUGCUGGCGCGGCGCCACGGCUCGGUCAAGCCCAACGAGGCGUCCAUCUCCGAGGGCGGCGAACCAGACCUUGGGCUGGACAAGAGCUUCGGCUACUCCAGGCACUUUGCGGCCAAGUACGACCUUGGUCGAGAGGUGGGGCGCGGCCACUUUGGCUUCACCUGCGCUGCCAAGUGCAAGAAGGGCGAGCUCAAGGGCGAGGACGUCGCCGUCAAGGUCAUUCCCAAGGCCAAGAUGACUACUGCUAUUGCCAUUGAAGAUGUCAGACGGGAAGUUAGAAUAUUGAGUUCUUUGGCAGACCACAACAACCUAGUGCAGUUUCAUGAUGCUUUUGAGGAUGAAGAAAAUGUAUAUGUUGUUAUGGAGUUAUGCAAAGGAGGUGAACUGCUGGACAGGAUUUUGGCUAGAGGUGGAAAAUAUUCCGAGGAAGAUGCUAAGGUUGUUAUUCACCAAAUUCUAAGUGUUGCUUCAUUUUGCCAUCUUCAGGGUGUUGUUCACCGGGAUCUGAAACCAGAGAAUUUUCUUUUCAUGUCAAAGGAUGAGAAUUCUGCCUUGAAAGUCAUAGACUUUGGUUUAUCUGACUUUGUUAAACCAGACGGCAGACUUAAUGACAUUGUUGGAAGUGCAUAUUAUGUUGCUCCUGAAGUUCUCCAUCGAUCUUAUGGCACUGAGGCAGAUAUGUGGAGCAUUGGAGUAAUUGCAUAUAUUUUGCUUUGUGGAAGCCGCCCUUUCUGGGCAAGAACCGAGUCAGGAAUUUUUAGAGCUGUCCUAAAAGCAGAUCCUAGUUUUGAUGAAAUCCCAUGGCCUACCCUUUCUGCUGAAGCGAAAGACUUCGUAAGGAGGCUGCUCAAUAAGGAUUACCGCAAGCGGAUGACUGCUGCACAAGCCCUCUGUCAUCCAUGGAUCCGUGGUACACAGGAAGUUAAGAUUUAUCUAGACAUGAUAAUCUACAGGCUUAUGAGGGCUUACAUAAGUUCAUCUUCUCUACGGAAGUCUGCUUUGAGGGUAACUUUUGCUCUUGCAAAGGCACUGACGACAGAUCAACUCUUCUACCUAAGAGAGCAGUUUACAUUGUUAGAUCCAAACAAGAGUGGCCAUAUAUCCUUGCAAAAUAUGAAGGCGGCCUUGAUGAAAAAUUCCUCGGGUGCAAUGAACGAUUCUAGGGUUCUUGACUUUGUUAACUCAAUAUGCAAUAUCCAAUAUGGAAAUAUUGAUUUUGAAGAGUUUUCUGCUGCGGCCAUUAGUGUAUAUCAAAUGGAAGGCCUGGAGACCUGGCAACAACAUGCUCAACAAGCAUAUGAAUUGUUUGACAGGGAGGGCAACCGACCGAUUGUGAUCGAAGAACUUGCAUCGGAGCUCGGACUUGGCCCUUCGGUUCCACUUCAUGUUGUUCUCCAAGACUGGAUCAGACAUUCAGACGGAAACCUCAGUUUCCUCGGCUUCAUAAAACUAUUGCAUGGAGUUUCUUCACGCACAAUCCCUAAAGUCCAAGAUAACCGUUUGCAUUGACCAAUCCCUAAUCUCAGGGCCAGUGCAUGCCAUGUCUGGCUGUAGAAGUUGCAUGAGACCAUCAGACCAGUACAAAGAUUAACAGAUCAGGUUAGGGUAAGAGGUAAAAUUCUCUCAGUAGUUGUAUAUUUGCUCCGCCCUUGUCCUCAAGAUGUUAAGAGGAAUGUACAGAUUUGGUUUGGGAAGAAUGGAAAGGCUAAAGGAUUUGGGGCUGUUUUUUUUUUGCUUGUUUGUUCCAGUAACACAGGUAUUGCAUUUCUUCUUCUUAAUAUAAUGAUGUGUAGCUCUCCUGCAUAUUCGAUAAAAAAUGCAGGCAUUGCCUUCGUUUGUGC